AUAGUUGACAGUGACAUCCUGUGGCGCUGGCAUCGCCGUCAAAUUGCAGAGAUUUUGUGACGGGGGAUGAAUGUGUAUAAUCGUGUAUUUUUUCGUGUGAAAAAGAAGUGAAUAUUGAUGGAAAUUGAAUGAGUAUUGUGUGAAAAAAAUGUUUAACUAGUGCGUGCUGCGAGCCCAUCGACUGCAUCAAACCCAGAGUGCGGUUCUGGGUAAACGGGAGAAGGCUCCUCCUGUGUUGACCAAAGUGUUGGUGGUACUUCUUCCCUCUUCUGCUGAUUCCCACUCAAGUUGUCGCAUUUUUUCAUCCGGGGGCGCCUAAGAUUUAACCGUGUCGAGGCCCCAAGGAUAGCCACCAAGGUGGACACAGUGUUGUGCAGUGCUGUGGGCUAAAGGGGAGCAAGGGGAGUGUGAGGGCAGAGUGGAUAGGUCCACAUGCGAGUGUGGGUCACAAGGGUGACGGCUUAGUGGCUUCCGGGGGGGCAGAAAGGAGUAGUGUGGGUGUGUGUGUGGUGAGUGUGCAGAUUGAGCCCUCCGAAGAGCCCGCUCCCUCGUGCUAAAAAAAAGCAAGGGAGGCCCAGGACACAAUAAUUGGGAGAUUGCCCCCGAAAUCACCUUCCCCACAGAAUUCCACCCUGAAAAAAUGGCUUCAUCCAAUCGGGGAAUUCAGCUGGGAUCAGCGUGGUUUCAGCGAAAAAUCAACCUAAGACCGCAGCACCGUGGUGUUCAUCUUGUCACCGAAGAGAUCCUCCGGCAGAUGCCCGAACUGGGACAAUUCUCCGUGGGACUGUGUCACGUUCAAAUUUUACACACAUCCGCAAGUUUAGCGCUAAAUGAGAGCUGGGAUCCAGAUGUCAGGGACGAUAUGGAAAUGAUGCUAAAUAAAAUAGUCCCCGAAGGUUUACCUUAUCGACAUUCAUGUGAGGGACCUGAUGAUAUGCCCGCACAUGUGAAAGCCUGCUUCCUGGGCAGUUCAUUGACAAUCCCCAUCACAGACGGCAAACUGUCGCUGGGCACGUGGCAAGGUGUCUGGCUAUGUGAGCAUCGUGAUCAUGCGGGUAGUCGUAAGUUAGUGAUAACACUGUCCGGCUGUCCGAGGGAUUCGGCGCGCAGUCCCCUGUCGCCGGUAUCACCAAUUGCCUCUACGUCCAGUUAGGGAAGGCCCCGCUCCGCUCGUGACAGUCGGUAAUCGUCAGCACGAGGGAGCGAAGAGUCUCACAUUCACUACAAAACCAACAAAAUGUAAAUUGUGAAAAAGGACAGGACAGCAGCAGCACUUGAGUAACAAAAGUUUAAAAACAGGUGAGGCAAAGAAAAUGUGCUAGUAUGUUCCUUUUGAGGUGGUAUAAAGCAAAGAUCAAUCAAGGUUAAGGUAGGAUGAUUGCAUUGUGCGGGGAUUAACACUAGGAUCAGAAGUCAGAAUUUAAUUCUAAUCAAGGAAUAAUUUUGAAAGAGGACGUUUUGGACAGAAGUUUUUGCACUUUCAAACACACAUCGAUCCUCUUCAUUAGCAAUAUUAUAGAGAGAAAAAAUGAGUUAGAAAUGGGAAAGAAAAGUACUAAUGGGGAAAAGAAAAACUAGUGAUAAGCCUGUUUUAGCUUAUGGAGCUGUGAUUCUUUCAUUUCAAAGUAGGCUUUAUGAUUUGAAUUGUAAAAGGAUGAUCAACUUUAGAAAGAUUUCCAAUAGAAAAAUAUUGUAGUGAAAUAUUAAAUAAAUUUACAGAUUAUUUUUUUUUGGGAUAAAUAGAAAAAAAAUAGUGAAAACGACUAACUGAUGACCAUAAGUGCCACUAAGAAGUCGGGAUUAUAAAAGUAAGUUUUGAAGUUAUUUUUGGGUAAAUCUUGAGUAAAACUUGAGUAAAAUUUACAUGAAAGCAAAAUAAUAAAAUUCUAAUAUAAUUUAAUAAAUUUAAUAAUGAGAAAGAAUCACAGCUUCAAUUAUUAAUUAUUAUAAAGUUCAAUAUAAGAAAUGUUUUACAAACAAAAAAUGGAAGAAUAAUUAAAAAAAAACAAAUAUAUUGUUAUACUUUUUUGUCUACAACCACCAAAUUUGUAAAUUAACCAUCAAUUUAAAUUCAUUAUUAUUUUUUUAUGCGCAAAAAAAAAACAUUUCAAUAAAAUUAACUUUCGUUUCCUGGGUCAAUUCGAAAGAUAAAAAUAUAUAUUUUUUUAAAAGGGAAUCAACAUCAAUAAACCAGCCAAAAAAGAAAAA